CGUUGACACAUUCCAUAAAUCCAUUGGUUUUGUAUUCAUUAAUUUAUUUAUUUUCAUUAAUUAUCAUCUUUAAAUCGAACAUUUUUGCGAUUUAAUAGACGUGCAUUUGUACAGGGCUAAUAUUAGAAUAUAUUUUUAUAACAUUAACCCACAUAACACAAGGAAACAGCAGUUCACGUUUCACGACUGAACCUCCUAAGAAAAUCGCCCAAAAAUGGGUGGAAAAGCAGAGAAAGGUACUCCAAAGUACAUAGCGAACAAGAUCAAAGCUAAAGGCCUACAGAAACUGCGAUGGUACUGCCAGAUGUGCCAGAAACAGUGCCGAGAUGAGAAUGGUUUCAAAUGCCAUACGAUGUCGGAAUCUCACCAAAGGCAGUUGUUAUUGUUCGCUGACAACGCUUCUAAGUACAUCGACGACUUCUCCAAAGAGUUUGCUGAUGGCUACGUCGAGUUAUUGAAGCGCCAGUUCGGUACAAAACGUGUGAAUGCUAAUAAAGUGUACCAAGAGUAUAUUUCUCACAGGGACCAUCUCCACAUGAACGCUACUCAAUGGGAGACCCUCACUGAGUUCGUCAAAUGGCUAGGACGGGAGGGGAAGUGUGUGGUCGAUGAGACGGAAAAAGGCUGGUUCGUUGCGUACAUAGACAGGGAUCCAGCUGCGGUGGCUGCGUUAGAGGCUAAAGCUAAGAAAGAGAAGAUGGAUAAGGAUGAUCAGGAGAGGAUGCUAGAGUUCAUACAAAAGCAAGUGGAGAGAGGCAAACAGCAAGGCUCCACAUCCGAAGAACCCACAUACUCAGAGUUCAAGAGAGAGAGCAGCCAGGAGAAAGUUACGCUCAGUCUCAACUUAAAGAGGAAAGCUGAAGACAAAAAACCAGAAAUCAUGCCGUCCUUGUCCCUAAAAUUGAAAAGGAAAGACGACGCUUCCAAGAGUAGGGAUGAUAAAGAAUCGUCCAGCAGGAAAGAGAAGACAGAAGAAGGAAAGAGGUCAGCGUUGGAGGAGCUCAUGGAAAUGGAGGAACGUGCGAAAGAGAGAGCAAAUAGGAAGGAUUACUGGCUAACAGAGGGCAUAGUGGUGAAAAUAGUAACCAAAUCGCUCGGCGACAAGUUUUACAAGAAGAAAGGGGUUAUAGAGAAGGUGAUAGACAAAUAUGGGGCUCAAGUUAAACUUGUGGAUGAAAAAGUCAAACUGAAGCUAGAUCAGCGUCUCUAG